AGGCUCUACUAAUGUUUUAAAGAAAACCUGUAUUAAGUAAAUGGAAGAUGGAUUUCAGAGUGUACAACAGGCGAACUACCCAGUGAAUGAUCUUGCAGGAGUGCGCAGGCAUUUGUCGUGGACUGUCACUGCUCUGCCAAGUUGUGACUCCUCUUGCUUCUCUCUCUCUCGUGGGAGCUGGCUUUUUACCCAGCUGGGUGAGGUUGCCGGGCCCUCACCACUUUUCUAUGGGUGUCGCUACUGCAAAGACGAACACUAGCUGUUUGCGUUCCAGCGGUUCACCUGCACAUGACUGCAGCCACCAUGCAAGUCAGCCAGAAGGACUUUGAAAAGGCUCAGGAGCAACUGAAGCUUUUGAAAAAGGAUCCUGGGAACGAAACUAAGUUGAAACUCUAUGCUCUGUUUAAACAGGCUACUGAAGGUCCCUGCAAUGCUCCAAAACCAGGUAUGCUGGACUUUGUCAAGAAAGCCAAGUGGGAUGCAUGGAAUUCUCUUGGCAACUUGUCUCAGGAUAAUGCCAGGCAGAAAUAUGCUGAACUUGUCUCAAGUCUGGUCUCUGCAGAAUCUGCUAGCCAGAAGAAAGAUGCUUCUCCGGAAGAGGGCAGGCAUGAUGGCUAUGAAACAUUAAUAGUUACUACCAAAAACAAUAUCACAAAGAUAAUGUUUAACCGACCUGAUAGGAAAAAUGCCAUCAACCAUCAGAUGUACAGAGAAAUUAUCAAAGCACUUGAAGAAGCUGGAAAAAAUGAUUCCACCAUAGCAGUUAUUACUGGAAAUGGAGACUACUAUAGUAGUGGAAAUGACCUGAAUAAUUUUGCUAAUAUCCAGCCUGGUGAAAUGGAGAAGGCGGCAAAAGAUGGAGCAGUAUUACUCAAAGAUUUUGUGGGUCAUUUUAUUGAUUUUCCUAAACCACUGAUUGCAGUGGUAAAUGGCCCAGCUAUUGGAAUUUGUGUAACAGUCCUUGGGUUGUGUGACAUUGUCUAUGCUUCUGACAGGGCUACGUUUCACAGCCCAUUUAGUCAACUUGGACAGAGCCCAGAAGGAUGUUCCUCUUACCUGUUUCCAAAAAUCAUGGGCUUAGCCAAGGCAAGUGAGAUGUUGCUUUUCAAUAAAAAGCUGACUGCAGCAGAAGCCUGUGCCCAGGGACUUGUGACUGAAGUCUUCCCUGACAACAGUUUUCAGAAGGAAGUUUGGGCAAGAUUAGAAGCUUAUGCAAGCCUCCCCAAAAAUUCCUUGGCAGUGUCAAAGCAACUGUUACGAAGUAUGGAAAAGGAGAAGCUCCAUGCAGUCAACAGUAAAGAGUGUGAAGUCCUGACGGAGAGGUGGUUGUCUGAUGAGUGUUUAAAUGCUAUUGUCAGCUUCUUUCAGAAGAAAUCAAAACUCUAAUCUUUACCAGUAGAAUCUGCACCAUCUGGCAAUAGCCUAAUCUGCCCUUAUCAUUAAUGAACUUUCUCUUCAAAUAAUAAUUCUUAAUACCUUUUGAUGUGGUAUAUUUCUGUUCUCAGUACUGGCUUAAAACGGGUUCAUAAAAUUAAUACACUGUUAUGUGCCUUGGAUCUGUUAUGGAAAUUCAGGCUGGGGUAGAAAAGGUUCAUUGUUCUGUAGGCAUCAGUGAUGUUUCGGAACAAUACUAAAGCAGAUUUUCUUCCAAAAGAAGCGACAAAUUCAAUAGUACCCUAUUUUGAUAGCUCUUCAAUAAUUAUUAGUGAUUCUUUUUAUUUAUGUAUGGGGAAAGAAAUACUAUAUUAAUGAAAAAAUAAAUAGAAGUAUUUAA